AUGGUCAAAUUACGUGUAGUAGUCAGGGUCAUCCCAGAAGACGACUAUCUCAGGAAUCUGGAACGACCUGCGGGUUCCCUCAUCCCCCACGAGAGACGGUUGAUUGUCAUCGUUCGAGAACCGCACAAAUGGCAGGUUGGCACCCUUGCGCUUGAGGUACAGCGAGCAUACAAGAGUUGCUAUCAGCAGGAGCUGCCCACCAUCAAAUACCUUAAAGACAACGAGGACGACUGCGACCUAGACCCCCAGCUGUACGUUUCUGAUCUCCUACUCGACGAAGGCAAGGCCGCAAGAGAUGGAGCAGAUCAACGUGCCACGAUCAAAGUCAUACUCGAGCAAGGGCGUGCCGUGCGUGAAGGGUCGGUUGCAGUGGGCAGCUUGUUGGACAACCCUCAAUUUCAGCUUCAACACCACAAAACUUCUCGUCCGCCUGUCCCAAGGUUUCCUGGUGUGUCUUCUUCGCUAGGGAAACGUUCGCUUCCACCGUCCGACGUCUAUUCAUCCGAUCUGAACGGGAGCAAAAGGCCGCGACAGGUUGAGAUACUGGAGACGCAAAGAGAAGAAAGCGUGGUCUCGUCUAUUGAAAGAGACGCACUCAGAGCAGGAUCACCCGAACUCGUUCAAGCAACACAAGAUGCAGAACUUCGACAAGACCAGGUAUGGGAGCAACAGCAAGAAGAACACCAACAGUCGCAUCUGGAGCCGAAGACAGAGUCCCCCGAGCUAUGGAGGGCUUUCCACAAUAUACCGGCAGCGACUGUGGAUGAAUUAGAGGAGCUGUCAGGCCAACCCCAGAUAUUUGCGCCUAGGCAGAGAGAUUCAAGAGAAGUGCAGAGAUCUUCGGAGUCCCGUCGACCGAAUGGAGUUGCGUCAAGUGGCCAGAUCGAACAUUCCCACGCUCCCCUGACGCCGCCUACAGAUGUAUCUACAGGGCGUCUGUCGUCGGCGAAGGUGCGCUCUCAGAGCAGACGGGAUGCUGCAAGCAUUCCUCUUCCACAUUGGUCAACCUCGGCCAGCAAAUUCAAACGUCGAGACAUCUAUGAUUACCCAGAGUCAGAUAUUGACGACACCCAGAUGUCGCCUCGCUCGAGGCAAGCGCAUCUUGGAUCUCGGAAGUCAACAGACCGCUUGUCUCGGAUUGAGCUUCUGCGAUCUCCUGACGAGGAUCGCGUCGAAGAGGAUCGUCACCGGCUCGGCGUCAACGAAGCUCUGGAUGCCUUGGACAACGAGUCUGUCUUUGACAACAAUGGAGCCGCUCAGCAAGAGUUUGUUUCUCCCCAACUACCCAGGAGAGAUUCCGCUCCGCUCGCGGAUGAAUACGAAGACUCUAUCUAUGAGGAUGCUCCAACCAACGGCGUUCAAGUACAAGAUGUCCAUGGGGGAUCCAUUCUGCACACAAAUCCAUCGCCAGGCAUGCAGAGAACAGAAGACAAGAGAACACAGACCCCACCACCACAAUCGUACGGGGAGACCGACGAUAAAGAGAAUCAUCAUGAAAUCCCCACAUCGGCUCAACCGGUCUCCGGACGUACUCAGACGGAAGCCACUAUCAAAUUCGCCGGUAAACCUCCCACCAAGAUACAUCCUACGCCGACUCCUGCCGAAGCAGGUCAAUCGACCGAAGCCAGUCCUGCAAAGAAGCGAGCACGGAAAAGAAGCACGGCCCGGGGAGGAGAAGCGUCCAUCAACGGCGAUGAACACUCGAGCCAGGUGACCGGCAGUACAAAGCAAUCCCCUACUGCAAAACCGCCUGCCAAAGCAGCGCCAAAGCCAACUCCAAAGACCAAUAAACGUCAAAGGACACCUAGACACGACAGCCCUGGAGCACAGUUGUCACAAUCGCUACAGGAAUCCGCACGCAAGCAAGUGUCUGUGAACGCCAACGUGCCUGGCGAAAAUCUUGCAGCUGAGCAGAAGAAAGCACAGGCCACCGCCGCGGUCGGAAAGAAGCAUAAUGCUAAGGAUACCACGAAUGCCAAAUCGGAUAGGGAGACUGAGCCGUCCAAGGAGCCUGCAGAAACCCAGAAGGAAGAGUCCGUCACUGCGCCCAAAAAGACACCUAGGCAGAGAAAAAGCCAGGAACAACCGAAAUCAGCAAAGGCAGUUGCCAAGUCUGCUGUACAGGAGAAUGUUGCUCCUAGUAUCGUCGUGCAACGCUCGGAGGAGGCAACAGCCCAUGCUAUACCUCUUCCCAAUUGGGGUUCGAGUCCAGGUAUGGGCGUCGACCCACAGAAGGCACCGACCCAUGACCAGACAAAGUCACUAACAGCUCAAACCGCGGACGGCUCGAGAAAGAGCUCAUCUAUCCCGCCAGGCUUUACUGAAGAAGAUAUCAAACUCUGGAAAAGCCGAGAGGGCAUGACCAAGGAGCAGUACCAGGCUGAAAAGAAACGUAAACAGCGGGAGGCGGCCGCCGAGCGGAAGAGGCAGGAGGUUGCAGCUAGAAGGGAGAGCGCGGGCAAGUCAUUGGCAAGGGAGAUUCCCAAAUCCGAGGCUGAAAGUCCUGCUAUUGCCGUGGAGAAGGGCCCUAAACCGAGUGCGAACGCGAACAAGGCUCGGAAGAGUGCUUCCGCAGAAGAUGCGCCAAACAGUCUUUCUGCCGAAGAUGUUUCCCGGCCUCCUCUCAAAGGUCCAUCAGCCAAGGCGAAGGCGAAAGACGAUGCUGUCUCUACUCAGGACAAAUCGGUAACACCAGCAAAAAGUGCCACCUCCUCCUCGAAACCGGAAACCUCUCGGGAUGCGUCAUCAACUACAAGCUCCUUGAAACAGCCUGAAUCUGAGGCUGGCCUGACGGCUAAGACACCUGCAAAAAAGACAACCAAAACACCUUCAGUGAAGUCCGCUACUGCUGCUACUGCCAGUAGUCCUGCUCCUACCACUACUACAGUCGCCAAGCCAGCAAAGACAGCAGCCAAGGCGCAAAGCAAGACAACGAAGAAAUCAACGCCUGCUCCAGAGAAGAAACCAAAACCUGUGCCGGCAAAGAAACCCACACCGGCUGAAGCAGGCAAAUCAUCCACACCUGGUUCCAGAGUUGAGACAAAAUCAGCAUCCAAAUCCACUCCAGGUUUGAUCUCGACUUCUUCAACCUCCGCCAAACCAGCACCCACACCGACCAUCGCGACAGCAAAGAACCUGACCGACCUCCGCACGGCGAUCCGUUACGCAGCUCACAUGGCAUCCACCACGGCCUCGAGCUCGCUGUCUCGCUCUCGCGCUUCUUCUCGACCAGAUCCAAAGCGAUCGGUGUUGAAUACAUCGAGCUCGGAUGAUGAUGACGACGACAGCAGUGACGAUGAUAGCGACGAUGACAGUGAUGAGGAACAAAAGACGGAGACUGCCAAUUCUGCCAAUACCGGGGUGAAUGGGCAGCAGACGAAAGUUAAGGUCCGGAACCCAACCAAAAACCAGAAUGGAGCGCUCACUUCAUCCUCGGAUUCGACCAGCGAUGAUGACAACGAGGAUGAAAGCGAAUCAAGCGAAGCAGUGCCGAAGUCUAAGCCGGUCAUCAAUGCAAGUGCCAAUACGAAGACACCGACAGCUGGCAAAACAACUGCAAAGACACAAGGUCAAGAUCAAAGUCAAAGUCGGGCUCAAAAUGGAAGUGGACCUAUAGUCAACAGCAACACCGCAAGCGUAAGCAAGCGCAUAACUUUGAGCCGGCCAGAUCGAAGUAUUCGCGAUCCGAGCGUUGAAUCAGACGAUUCUGACGACUCCGACUCCGACGAUGAAUUGUGA